GUGGAAGGCGACAGAGACACACCAAUAAAUGCCAGUAUAGUCUGGGAAACACCUCCCUCCGCUCCUUGGAUGGGGCGGACAGAAUUGCAGUCGGAACACCCUUCAACUUUUCUGAAACACUCCACAAAGUGUCCGACGUCCUGCCAUGUUGGGACUGUAACGCAAUUCGGAUUGCUGGUCGAUUUUCCUCGCGCUCCUGAGUCAUGGCUCCGUUUGGAAAAAACUUCCUGAAAGCUCGACAGAAAAACAGAACAAAAGAUGCAGAGCCGGUGGAAGGAAAGGAGAUUCAGGUUACGGUCUGCAACGAGGACAAGGUUGUCUGUGGAGUGACAAAGCACACAACAUGUGCAGAUAUGAUCCAGGCAUUACUGGAUGAUCACAAGUCAAUCCCAGAGAGCAAGCGACUCCUGGUCGGGGAACCCAAAGACUUCUGUCUCGUUGAGCGGUGGAAGGGUUUUGAGAGGGCCUUGCCUCCUCUCACCAGAAUCCUGAGACUCUGGUAUGCCUGGGGGGACCAGAGACCCUUUAUCCAGUUUACUCUAGUCAAAACCAGCGAUUUUGUGCCUCAGCCCACCAAGAAGGGUGGAAAGUCCAAGGGGGCCAAGGCAAAGCGAUGGGAGCACGGUCACACUCAGUCACUGCCCGUGGAGAGGCAAAAGCGCAUGGUGAAGAAAGCUUUCCGGAAGCUGGAAAAGCUUCACAAGGAGAGCAAGAGCUCCCCGGGUGCUGACGAGGUGGACCGGAUGGUGCAGCUUAUUCUCAACCAGGACCACGCCAUCCGGGAGCAGAUUCAACGCAUGAGAGAGCUGGAUGUGGACAUCGAGCAGUUGGAGCUGGAAGCGCAGAAGGAAGCUGAGUCCGAGAGUUCACUGGCUCAGGCUGCUGGUCAGAGUUUGGAGGCGCCCAGCGACGAGCAGCUGCAGGAAUACCUGUACAACAGCGAUGGAAUCAAACAGCUUGAGCUGCAGGUUCAGAGGCACCAGGCGCUCAUCCUUCAGCUUUCCCGGGACAUUGACGCUGAGCUGAGGACGGCCAACUUCCCUCUGAGCCAAUGUGAGGACAUCGAACAGGAAGGAGCCGCGGCUGCUUCCUGGAUCUCCUUGGAGACCGACGAAUCGUUCUACACCGCUGAACUCGAGAGGUUGCAGGAUGAAGUGAAAAACAGCCUCUUCACUGGCGUGUCCCUGCACAACCAAGCUGCAGAAAUAGACAAGCAGCUGAAGUACUUUGACACUACGUUGGUCUCCAAGGACCAGGAGUGCUGGCAGCUUGCUGCCCAACUGAGCUCACUGCAAAUUGGGGACAGUGAAGAAAAGGAGAAGUCCAGUCCUGUCCCUCUCAAAAGUGAGACUCAGUGCAGCGUCUCACAGACACUGAAACUCAAACACAGCAUGUCCCCUCUAGACAUUACAGACACAGACUCAGACACUGGGAUUAGCUCCACACACAGUCAGGACUCGCUGUCGCCAUGUCUCGACUUCCCUCCACCCUUGGACACAGACGUCUGAACAACCCAGUUGACCCUGCAAUUUAUUGGUCUGGAUGCAGUAGCUCUAGUUUGUGCAUGUUGUGUGUUUUCAUUACAUUUCAGUCACAGACGAAUGCAUCUGUUUAUCUGAAAGAUAAAUCCCUGGUGAUAUUUUAUGAAACAUGAAGAGGAUUUAACUGGAGUUAAAACACGGAAGAUAAUCAGCAAUUAUUCUGUAAUAAAUAAGCAAGAAUGCCAAAUAUUCUUUCUGCUUCAGUUUCUCAAAUGUAAGGUUGUACUGUUAAGAUUCUGUCAUGUAUGUUAGUAUAGUGAAUUUCAUUGGGUUUGACUGUUUGUCAACAUAAAAAUGCUAUGUGAGGAUGUCAAUUUGGACUAGUCCAUCCAUUAGCUGAAAAAAUGAUAAAUGAAUGAAUAAACCCUUUAUCGCCCCUGUGGGACUUUGCUUUGCACAAAAAAAAAUGCAUCAACAGCCAUGUAUACGCAAGCACAUAAUAUAACAUGAAACAAAUGCAUCAAUCAACAGAUUGAAUAAUAGUUUUUGCCGUUUUGAAGGUAUUUUCUCAAUCAAUUAGAGAUGGAAGCUGUAGGUGAAAUGCAUCCGUUCUCAAUUUGUACAAAGUCAGGUGUAUUUAUCCCGAAAGUUAUUGCCAUUGUGUUUUAUAUUGUUUUUUUGUGUCAUUAAAAAAGGGGCAAGAUGACACAUCACUUUUGUAAAAUGAGUCACAACUUGGGAAAUAGCUUUACAAUAAAUUUCUCUGUGGUGAACAAGAUCUUUUUUAAAUCCAGAGGGACCAAGAAGUCUUUGAGGAUUCUGGAAGUACCUUCAAAAACAGCUGGAAUUGUUGAAUAACCUCCUGGUUUUUUUUGUUUGUUAAUGCUAACAGAUGCUUUGGUCUUUGACCUAAAUGUAAUGAUAAUACAUGCACAAAACUGGAGCUACAUGUGCACCAGCUUCGGUCCAUCACUGUUUAUGACGGCUGGGUUUCCUGACUUUUGAGUGUAAGCUUUUACGACUAUUUCACAUCUAAGGUGUAUAAGGCUUAGUUUCUUAAAAGCAUUUUUUUUAUUGUUUCAUUUCUUAACAAUGGUGAAUGUAUGCUUCUUUUCUUUCUUAAAGUUGUCAAGCUAUUUAUGUAGCUGCACUUCUUUGUACACACUUAAGUCUAUUAACAAUGUUUUAUAUUAAAACAAAUAGCUAACUGUUUUGUAUGUAGAAUUUAAGAUUUGUUAAAAAUUUAACAUUCGACUACACUGUAAACAUAGGGCUGUAACCAGUUUAAAUGAUUCUUCUUAUGACACAAGCACAAUUUUGUAAAGACGAUUUGAUAAAAUAACCAAGGCAAACAUAUUUAUUUAUCAUGUAAUUGUAUUUUACACAUGAGAUUGUAUUAUGACUGUUUCCCCUCUGAGGUAAUGAUCUCCAUCUGCCACCGAUCUGAUUAAACACAUUAUUUUCAGGGCCAAAACAACACAAAUAUCUGGACUAUAUCUGUGUAAUCAUGCCUAAAAACAAAACCUAUGACAAAGUAAAAUGUACAUUUCAACUUUCAUAAUAA